ACAGCUGGAACCUGCCUUGCUAUUUGAUCUGGAAAUUGUUUGGAAAACCACGACUUUUAUGUUUACUUGUUUAUAUACGUUGUUUAUGUGCACUAACCUCAGUAAAUUGCCGGCACCUGAACGCAGCAUGUGUCUACAGAGACAUUGACAGCAGCAGUGAGCACGUGUACAACAAGUGGGCUCAACAAAACCUCCAUUCUGAGCUUUCUGAUUAGUUGGCGAUCAAAAGGGGAGUGAUUUUAAAUUUUUUUACAUUAUUUUCUGCCACUGGCCGCAGUUAUACUCCCAGUUUCCUGCAGGCAGCGGCAUGGAGGCCACAGUGCGCUCAGCAAUGUGAUGUAAAUGUGAGAAAGGCCUGGCUAAUUAAUCCUGAAUCUUGGACACCAUGGAGUUCUGCGCGAAGCCUUUGCGCUACGAGCUGCUGGUGGAGGUGGGAGAAGGCUCCUACGGCAAGGUGUACAAAGCCAGGGAGCUGGACGGCCAACAGCGCCUCCUGGCGGUCAAGAAAUUCAACAUCGGCGGGGACUCGUCGGAGAACGGGAUCCCUGCGUUCAUGAUCCGCGAGGUGGCGCUGCUGCGUAAAAUGAAGUACUUCAACCACCCCAACAUAGUCGAGCUGCUGGAGGCCUCUGCUGUGCCAGUGGGCCGGAGCUUGGACCUCACUCUGGUGCUGGAAUACAUUGACCAGGACCUGUCCACCUACCUCUCCAAGGUUCCUGCUUCUGGACUGAGCCGUGACUGUAUUCAGGACGUGAUGCAGCAGCUGCUGCGAGGAUUGGACUUCCUGCACACAAACAUGGUGCUGCACCGCGACCUGAAACCCGAAAACAUUCUGGUCAGCAGCCGCGGAGAAGUCAAGAUUGCAGACUUUGGACUGGCACGCAUCUACACCUUCAACAUCGCUCUCACUCCAGGUGUAAGCGAGGCACCGCACACACACGAGAGAGUGACCGCAGAACCACAAAGUGACCAUCUCAGAGCCGGUUUCUCUCCCUCGUGUGGUCCUGAACCUGAGGUGAAACCUUUUCCCCGUGUCCCCUGUGAGUCUUUACCUCUCGCUCUGUGCGUCCAGGUGGUGACGCUGUGGUACAGAGCUCCAGAGGUGCUGCUGAACUCUGUUUACAUGUCCACGGUGGACAUGUGGAGCGCCGGCUGCAUCUUCGCUGAGCUCUUCCUCUUGAGACCUCUGUUUCAGGGAUACACGGAGGUACAGCAGCUGCAGAAAAUAUUUGACGUGAUCGGGUUGCCCAGCAAAGAGGACUGGCCCAGGGAGAGCCCCAUCUCAUACUCCGUCAACUGGGGACCAGAGAGGCCCUGCACCCAGCUGCUGCAGAACCUGAGCCCCGGGGAGAACGACCUACUCUCUCAAUGUUUGGCAUUCAGACCCAGCAGUCGCAUCUCAGCCGCCAAAGCCCUGGCCCAUCCGUUCUUCACGAAGCAUUGAAGCUUCAGAAGAACACAAACGUCCGAUGCUUCUGCCUCUCUGCCGGCGCUUCUGCCAUAAUGUCCAGCGCACACUUUGCAUCAUGGGACGUGUGUAGAAACGCAUAACGCCGGACUUGUAGGACAUGACUCGGGACGGUUUCAAACACAUUUAGAAAUACAUUCCAAACAUGAGACAUUUUUUAUUUCACUUAUAACUUGACGAGCCUUUUUAUGAGUGUAAAGUAUGUUAUUUGAUUUUUGAAUUUUUAUUAUUUGAAUUUGAUAGUACGCUGUGUAUUUCCACAAGACGUAGAACUACUUUGUUGUUGUUGAGUGUUACCAUCAAACUUAACAAUUCUGUUUUCCGUCAUCUACCAACAACACUAUUAUGAGCACCUUUAAGUUGGUUAAAUGUUUUUUCACCUGAACCUUUUUGUUCUCGGCUCGUAUAAGAAGUCCUUUCUUUUUGUUCAUGUGGUGAAGAUAUUUAUGGUUCAGUCACUGGAAUGCAUUGCACCUGUAUUUAUGUUUGUUUGUGUUGACAGAUUGUACGCAGUAUUUUUUCUUCAUGUGUUGCACUGUUCAUUCAAGAAGCAUUUCUAUAAAUAAUUGUCU